AUGUCGGCCACUGCUAAUCCUUUCAAUCUCAAGAAGCAGCUUGCUUUCUAUGGGUCGUACCACACCGACUCGGUCAACGUUGCGAUCCACAUCGUUGGUGUUCCAUCCAUCAUCUUUGCGACAUCGACACUCCUAGCUAAGCAAGGAUCCAUCUUCCCGCUGAUCCAAGACCACUCGCCUCUUGCUGCAGCGUAUCUCUCUCGGCUGGGCUCGAUUCUUGCCUCGAUCCUACCCGCGCAGAUUUUCGAAUAUGCGCAGCUCAACUACGCUGCUGCUUUCAUGGGGAUCUACUGGCUCUACUACUCGAUCCUCGAUGCCACUGCAGCGCUCAUGCUAGCUCCGCUCUGGUACGCCCUCUGGUACGGCUCCACUUUCCUCGCGCGUACCCACCCAGAAGCCACCAAGAUCGCCCUCGGCAUCAAAGCUCUGGGUUGGAUCAGCCAGUUUUACGGUCAUGGUGUUCACGAAGGUCGUGCUCCCGCUCUGUUGGAUAACCUGCUCGGCGCGGUCGUGUUGGCUCCGUUCUUUGUGUUUUUGGAGGUCAUCUUCCACUUUGGUUACCGUCCACACCUGCAGAAGGAGCUCAAAAACGAGGUGGGCAAGCUCGUCACCAAGCACAGGAUGGAUAAGGCAAAAGCCAAGCGUGCCAAAGCAAACUGA